AUGGUGCUGUCGGUGCCUGUGAUCGCGCUGGGCGCCACGCUGGGCACCGCCACCAGCAUCCUUGCUCUGUGCGGGGUCACCUGCCUGUGCCGGCACAUGCACCCCAAGAAGGGGUUGCUUCCGCGGGACCGCGAGCCGGAUCCUGAAAAGGCGAAGCCGGGCGUGCUCCCGUCGGCCCAACAGUUCAAUGUUAAAAAGUCCACGGAGCCUGUCCAGCCCCGGCCUCUUCUCAAGUUCCCAGACAUCUAUGGUCCCCGGCCAGCUGUGACAGCCCCAGAAGUCAUCAACUAUGCAGACUACACUCUGGGGACCACAGAGGAGUCUGCUGCACCUGCCAGUCCCCAGGCCCAGAGUGACAGUCGCCUUAAGAGGCAGGUUACAGAGGAGCUGUUCAUCCUUCCUCAGAAUGGUGUGGUGGAGGAUGUCUGUGUCAUGGAGACCUGGAACCCAGAGAAGGCUGCUAGCUGGAACCAGGCCCCCAAGCUCCACUUUCGCCUGGACUAUGAUCAGAAAAAGGCCGAGUUAUUUGUGACUAGCCUGGAAGCUGUUACCAGUGACCAUGAAGGAGGCUGUGACUGCUACAUCCAAGGCAGUGUGACCAUCAAGACUGGCUCAGUGGAGGCACAGACAGCUCUGAAGAAACGGCAGCUGCACACCACCUGGGAGGAGGGCCUAGCCCUGCCCCUGGGUGAGGAUGAGCUCCCCACAGCCACCCUGACACUCACCCUUCGGACCUGUGACCGCUUCUCCCGCCAUAGUGUGGUUGGGGAACUCCGCCUAGGCCUAGAUGGAGCAUCUGUACCCUUGGGAGCAGCACAGUGGGGCGACCUGAAGACCACAGCAAAGGAGCCAUCUGCAGGGACUGGGGAGGUCCUUCUGUCAAUCAGCUACCUCCCAGCUGCCAAUCGCCUCCUUGUGGUGCUGAUUAAAGCCAAGAACCUCCACUCCAACCAAUCGAAGGAACUUCUGGGCAAGGAUGUCUCUGUCAAGGUAACCUUGAAGCACCAGGCUCAGAAGCUGAAGAAGAAACAGACAAAACGGGCCAAGCACAAGAUCAACCCUGUGUGGAAUGAGAUGAUCAUGUUUGAGUUACCAGAUGACCUGCUGCGGGCGUCCAGUGUGGAGCUGGAGGUGCUGGGCCAGGGAGAGGAGGGCCCGAGCUGUGAGCUGGGCCACUGCAGCCUAGGCCUGCAUGCCUCGGGCUCUGAGCGCAGCCACUGGGAGGAGAUGCUAAAAAACCCACGUCGGCAGAUCGCCAUGUGGCACCAACUGCACCUGUAG